AUGGCGACACCACGCCCCAUCUCAUCAAACUCGGACGAGGAACGCCUUUUGAAAGACUACAAUCCCUCCUCGUUAAGCUACAAUCUCCAAGUCACCAAAUCUAAACGAUGGUCUCCAAAACUCCGUACCAUACACUCACUCGGCCUUAUCAUCACGACACUCCUCCUCACCAUCUCAACAACUCUCCUCAUCAUCCUUCUCACACGCCAAAAAACUUUUCAUAAACCACACAUCGUAGGCCAAAACGACACCGAGACCUUCUCAGCCUGGAAAGACUGCGGCUCCUCCUCCUCCUCAGCCCGCUCCAAGGGUUGCAUCUUCGACCUAAUGCUAACCUCAUGGGUGCACCCGGACUGUUCGGACCCGGAGCUCAUGGAAAACUACCUCUCGGCGCAUAACUACAGCUGGUUCAGCGAUAAAGCGCUCACGCAGCCGCUGUCGAGCGAGUAUAUGCGAAAGGGCACGUACGUGGAGAUGUACACCGACAACUACUACCACUUUGCACAUUGUGGGUAUGCGUGGGAGAUGCAGAUGCGUAAGUGGAGGAGCGGACGGCCCAUUGAUAGUGUGUUGUGGGGAUAUCACCAUACCGUGCAUUGUGCAACGGCAUUGGUGAACCAUGUGCAGCCGCAUAAUAUCACGACGUUGAGCCUAGGAUUUGAUUCCUGUGGAACUCCGUAA